UGGGGGCCUGGACCCUUGUGGGGACUGAACAGUGAGGGGACCAGACAGGCCUUGGGAAGGGACAGCAGCUCCCUGUUGCCGACCGUGUUUAAACAGAGUACAACCAGACUCCUCUUGGGGAUGUCACGGGGAUGGAAAUCUGGACAGAGGUAGAGGGGCAGGUCAGAGGUUCCAUGGAGCAGACAGCUCUUCCUCUGGGGCAGGCUAACUCACUCAUACCAGCAUCUCCUUGGAAGGAACAAGUUUAGCAUUCCCAAAAGUGAAGUCUUGUUUCCCAGGGUGUGCAGAGUCGGGAGUGGCUGGGGCAUAAUAAAUGAUAUCAUUUGACAUUUAGCAAACUCCAGAGAGUCAAGGCUGAGAAAAUCUUCCUGGCCAACGAGACAUCUUCUGUUCACAGAAAUUUCUAAUCGUGGGUGGGAGGCUGAUGAGUCCCGCAAUUCCUCCUAGAGGAGAGGGGUGACGGGCCCACUGUGAAUUACAAGGAAGCCAUUACAUAGGUCUACUGUCGAUGUCGGUGUUGGGGCCCAGCUCUGCGGGGAGGCAGGGUCCUCUACAGGCCACACCAGGUCCAAUAGUGGCAACUAGAGAAACAUUUCUAAGCUCUGUAGUGUCCAGGAAAGUCGCCUCUGUCUUGUAGUACCAUUUAAAGUAGGUCCUUCCUCAGGAAAUCUUGGGAAACACCACUUGGGUGGGACGGGGUCCUGAUGACUGAGUAAAGCCACGUUCACCUCAGGGUCUAGAACAGACUCCAAGCUGCUAUACUUAGGCAAGUAAUCUGGUCUUUGUGGCCAAAUAAUUCCUUGCCCCCAUGUCAGAGUAAGAGUAAACACUUCUCACAGACCUCUGCGUAAGUGUCAUGUAUGUGACAUGCUCAGCCUGGAGCCAGUACGUCAACGAGACUCUCCCUGAGGGAUUCUUACUAAAUCACCCUAAAGCUCCCUGAGGAAGGACGGUUACUCUUCCUGACAGGCUGAGGGGAAUGAAUUCCUUCUCUUGUCAGCAACAGACACAAGGGCUGAGACCUAAAUAUUAGGUCAAGGCCUCAGGCCCCAAGGUCCCUGCUGCAGGGCCCUAGACGUGAGCUGAUAAGCUCACCCGGAGCCUUCUUGUGAGGAAGCUGGGAGGACACCUGAGCUGGGGGGUCCUCCACUGUUCUGUGAACCAGAGUCCCAGAAAUGGCGGGGAUCCCACCAGCCUCAUCCCCGCAUCCCAGAGUUUGCUUGUAUAAGUAACCUAGCAGAACUGAAUCCAGUCUCCUCCCCAGGAGUUGCACACUGGUGCCUCGCCAUACGCUUUUUCUCAGCCUGUGGUCCAUUCUCGGAAUCCCUUUAGCGAGCUAAGCAUGUUUUCCUUGAAAGGCAUUCAAGGUGUGGCAGCCACAAAUCAUCCAAAGCUGGGUGCGGCAGGGUAAGGUGGGUGACCAUAUUGGACACUCGCUCCCGGUGAAAAGCAGGGCUGACCGGAGAAGAACGAACAUUCAAGAUAGGCCCCGAAGGGGAUUCUCAAAUGGCAGAGCACAGGAGACAGAUAUACACCCCAAGGGCUCUGCUGUAAGGUCUGUGUCCGUCUCUGGCCUCUAUUGUUUUGUCCUGGGUCUGUGAGGAGCCAGCAUGCAGGCUGGCUAUCUUCCCUUCUCCAGGAGCAGCAGGAGAGGGUGACCUUCCCACCCUCUAAGUGGACACCUGACCUGUUUUCCCUUGUCCCUGUGGAAUGGUGACAUCCAACAUGGAACCCUGUCCACUGACUUGUGAGCCGAAUCUCCCGUUGCUUCCCCCUUCCCCAGGGCCUUUGUUUGUCAUACACGCCAGACCCUGCUCAUCAAAGCCCCCAAUGCAACCUUUUUAAAACAUUUUGCCCUCCCCUUACAGAGUACAAGACAUACUGGUUCCGUAUAAGGUAAGGGUCAGCCUACAUGUUAGAAGAGCCCUGCUUACCGUGGCUGACUCAGACAAGCACCAGGUCAGGUGGAGGGAAGAGAAGGCCCGUCCCUCUCACCUUAGACUUCCGUGAAUUCUCAUUAGGCUGUUAGCUGGGCCCGGUUUCCUGCUGGUGAAGACCUCCAAGAAGGAGAGCAUUAGCAGAGCAUGCCCACAGUGCAGAGGGGACAGAGGGACAGCACUGCCCACAGUGAUUGGGGGCACAAGGAUAGAGCAAGGUACAUGGAAUCUGAUCUGGGUUUAGUCCCCACCCCCACCCCAUAUACAUACAGUCAUUUCCUGUUUCUGUGAUCUGGGACAGACUCUGCCCGCCUUGGAGCCUCAUCUAGAUGGUGAAUAAGCAUUCCUUCCUCACAGAGCUGCUAGCUCUCAGAAGGGGCCUAACAGGUCCUCAAAAACAGCUCCUGUCUUUUUGGAUUCUGAGACUCCAAACCCCUUGGACACUCAGUCCCUCUUUCAGUGACCCCAGGCCUGCGACUCCCGAAAUGUCAUACCAGCUCUCCUCCCGCGUUUACUGGGCAGGGCAACACUUCAUCUGUAAAGCCUCUGCCAGGGACUGCUGCAUUCCUGUCUGCCAGGCUCCCUGCCAGGGGAGCUUCCUUCUCUAACUGGUUUUGGCUGGAGUUAUCCUUCCCAGCACUGGGCACCUCGCUCUGAUCAGUCAUGGGUCAGAGAGCAGGAAGGUAAUACUAAAAGCACUCCUUAAACUCCAUAGUGCAUUCCUGGCCUGGUCUGGUCCUCAGCCAGCUUCCUGGCCUGGGUUAAAGAAUUGGAGAGGCCAUCUCAUGUCUGCCUGUUUCUACAUCCGGUCUGAGGCCACAGGCUCUUCCUCAGGUCUUUCUGUCUUUGCACUAGCUCCUCUUACGAACAGAGGUGGACGCAGAGGCGGGGUGUCAGGUAAGAUUCUUGUGGCCCGAUUUUAUUGAUCACCACAGCCUGGUGGUAAACGCAGCAACUGUCCUCUCAAGGCUCUCCGAAAUAUGUGGGAAGAAAGCCCUAGAAAUGGCAAGUCUCGACGGCCAUUCUUAGCAGGGCACGUUGGUGUCCCAAGUGUUUCACUCAUGGAGACUGGGCGACACUGGCCAGCAUGGACCACUCUUACAUUUAAAAAUAUUUCAGGGCCUGGAGAGAUGGCUCAGUGGUUAAGAGUACAUAUUGCUCUUGCAGUUUGGUUCCUGCCACCCAGGUCGGAGGGCACACAACUACACAAAACUCCACUUCCAGGAGAUCCAAAUCCUUCUCCUGAUCUCUGAGGGUGCCUGCAUUCGCAUGCACAGACCGACACACAGGCACACGCGCAUGCACACACGUAAAAAUAAAAUAAAACGUUAGAAAAUAGGUAAAAAUAUUUUGAUCCCCACCUAUAAUUCCAGCACAUGGAAGUCUGAAGCAGGAGGAGUCACAGGAGGCCAGCCUGGGCUACGUCAUAAAACCUCUGUCUAAAAACAAGGCUGUUUUCCUUAGAAGAAUGGAAAGCCCCCAGAGUCCCCCAGGCAAACUCAGCAGUUACUUUGGUGUAUUUUUUUCCUACACAUGGCAGAGGUGAAAUUUUAAUUUGAUCCUUUAUUUUUCCUGUUUCAACAAAGAAAACCUUGAUGGUUUAAUUUUCCUCUGGGAUCCACGAAUGCAGACAGGUUUGGACCCCAGCAUGUCAGCAGUUCCAGAAGCCAUCGGACCUGGACCCGAUAUAGUCAUGACAUGAGACCGGGGAGGGGACAGCCAGACUGUGCCCUCCACCCCUGCACCUGCCACCAGCGUUAUGACGUUACCUUUCCCAUGGAGGUUAUGAUCUGUAUCUAAUUAACGUGAGGGUGUGCUCUGAGCUCAUUUCUUCAGGUUCAUUUUUUCCCCCACAUGGAUAUUUAAUUGCUUUAGCUAUAUUUAUUGAAAAGAUCAUCCAUUCCCACCACAUUGCAAUGUCACCUUUGCCAUAAAUCAAGCGACCUCAUCCGAGUGGGUCUAUUUCUGGAUUCCUGCUUCUGUCCUGUUGCUCUAUUUGUCAAUCCUUGUGCUGUUUCUCCAGCAUAUUAAUUUCGGCAGCUUUAUGAUAAAUCCCAAUGUAUAUUUAGUAUAGUCCUCCGACUCUGUUCCCUCCGACUGCCGAGGCUAUUCCUGGUUCUGUUUCCUGCACAUUUUAGAACCAGUGUGUCAGUUUCUGCCACAAGAAAUAUGCUGAGCCUGAAAUAAGACUGUAGGUUGAUUUGGGAGUAACUGACAUCUUCACAGUGUGAAAUCUUCAACAUAUGAACAUUCUUUAAUAUCUCUAAUAAUGUUCUACGGCUUCCAAGGCAAAGAGGUUUAUUCCCGGGUGUUUGCUGUUUUUAAUGUAAGAUGAUAAAUAAGGUCAUUUCCUUUCUCUCUUAAAAUUCUAUCUUUAUUCUAUUUUGCAUGGGUAUGUGUGUGCUGCAUAUAUGUAGUGUACCUCAUGCAUGCAGGAGGCUGCAGAGGUCAAAGGGGGGGGGUGUCAAGAUCCCCCGAAACUGGAGUACCGGGUGGUUGUGAGCUGCCAUGUGGGUGCUGGGAACCAAACCCAGGUCCAGGUUCUCUGCAAGAGCAGCAAUUUUUGUUUUGUUUUUCAAGACAGUUUCUUUGUGUAGCCGCAGCUGUCUUGGAGUUCACUCUAUAAGCCAGGUUGGCCUUGAACUCACGGAGAGCCACCUGCCUCUGCCUCCCCAGUGCUGGAAUUAAAGGUGUGAGCCACCACUGCCUGGCCCAGUAAUCACUCUUACCCACUGAGUCAUCUCUCCAGAACCACUACCUCCUCCUCAAGACAGGCUAUCUAGCCCUGGCUAGUCUCAAACUCACUGUACAGUGCACUCUGGCCUUGAGUUCCUGAUCCUCCGAUCUCGUCUGGGAUUACAGGUGUGAGCUACUAUGCCUGGCUCUGUUUCAUUUUAUAUUGAAAUUCAACGAACUUUUAUUUAUGUUGGCCUUGAAUUGAAGACUUUCCAAACAAAUUUGGUUGCUGCAGACUCUUCUGGGUUUUCUACUGUCACAAACACACUGUCUCAAGCACGGCUGGCCUGACCACACUUCUGAUGAGUCCUAGUGGCCUUCCUUUAGGUCUCAGGUUUACCAAUGUUUAAAUGAUUAGCUGAUUGCUAAAUCUCUGUCUCCUACCCAAAGCUCCACUGACUGCUGCCAACCUCCGUAAUCCCUUGGGUGCUGGUCUUUCUCCUCGGGUUUCUCUGCUGCCUCUGGAGAGCUUGUCAAGGGAUAGCUGUUAGGGUGAACUCCAGAAGGUAUCAGAAUCAUGGAUACUACUUGAUACUGGUGCCUUCCCUCCCCAUUAAUUCCCAUGCAAGAUCCAAGAGCUGAUCUGCAAAAUCAGGGCUCUUGAAGGAAGGUCUCAGCCAGUUCCUUUGUGGCUCUGGAUGAUAUGAGUACCUCUAGAAAAUCUCACAGCUAUGGAGGCAGCAAGAGGGUCUGUGUCUUAGUUAGGGGUUCUAUUGCUGUGACAAAACACCAUGACCAAAAGCAAGCUGGGGAGGAAAGGUUUAUUUGGCUUACACUUCCAGGUAACAGUCUGUCACUGAAGGGAGUCAGGACAGGAACUCAAACGUCAGGGACCUGGAGGCAGGAGCUGAUGCAGAGGCCAUGGCGGGGCGGGGGUACUCCUCCUGGCUUGCUCAGUCUGCUUUCUCAUAGAACCCAGGACCACCAAUCCAGGGAUGGCAUCACCCACAGUGGGCUGGGCCCACGACGCCCUACAGCCCGAGCUUAUGGAGGCAUUUUCUCAAUUGAGGUCCCCUCCUCUCAGAUGACUCCACCUUGUGACACACUGACAUAAAACUAGCCAGCAGGGUCUGUUAACUAAUCCAGGAACAGAGGGUCUGCCUGAGGGGCUGCGAGGAUUGGUCUGCUGACUGAAGCAAGAGGCAGAGGCCGAAGCAGUCCAAAGAGGCUGCACGGUGGGGGCGUGAGGUACAGUGUCUGGGUCCCGGAACCUAGAGUUUUAGUCACGGCCCCUUGAGGUGGAAAUGAUGAGCGAGGAAAGGAAUUUGACAUCACUCUCCGACCCAAAUCUACCCAAGUGCCAGUGUCUGAAGACCCCAAGCUUAGGGACAAGGAGAGAGAGAAGACAACUAGAGAGCCGGUCAGCAUCUGCAGGGCAUCUAUUACUCUGCGCUCCCUAACCUUGUGAGCUGUCUUCCACAAACACCGCUGCACAGAUGGGAGAGGAACCACAGAGGCUCAAGUUGCUAACUUGCUCCAAGUCACUCCCGUUUAGGGACGAGGCUAUCUACAAGUGAGACUCAAUCACCCAUCCCAGUGUAAAGUCUUCCGCCGCAAAGGGUCCCCGGAUGCUGACUCUGUCCUUAAGGCGUGUCCGAGAGACUGUUGCUCUUCUAAGGGCCAUGCCAUGGGUGCCACUGCCUUACCCAUGGCACGCUCCCGGGGAGGAAGCAGUGGGCCUGCCACCUUUUUCAGUGGCACCUAUUGCCUGCACAUGCUCUCCAGAAGCUGCCAAAGUGAUGGGGAAAAUACUGUCCCGGGAGCGAGAGCAGUCAGAGAUUGCAAUGGCCUUGCGUGCCAGCUCUUCAACUAGAUGAAUAAUCCAAGCAUUCACAUGGUGAAAUGGCAUAAGCUGUGUGAGGCGGUGUAGUGUGGUCCCAGCUACUGCAGAGACUGAGUCAGAGGGAUACCCCUCUGGGAAACACAGCAAGACCCUAUUCACAGACAGAGACACAUUGAUUCAUUUCAUUUCUGAAAUGUUUUGAGCUACUUCAUAUUCAAAAACUCAAGUGUUGUUAUCAAUAUACUGAUUCCAGCCUGGGACUCCCUAGGAGUGACCAGGACAGACCUUGGGAAACCCCUCAACCCUCCGGAUUCCCAGUUAUCCCCUCUCAGGUCUACUCAUAGUAUCUUUUCCAAGCCCACGUCAUUCCCAUUGACAGAGUUCAGUAAAGUCUCAUACAAGAUCAGCAAGGUGUAGCGUGCAGGACAGACCACAAGAGAUACUUUGUGCAGUGUCCUGGAAUAGGAUUAAAAUCCACAGGAAGUGGGCACCAUGUUCCGAAAGAAAAAGAAGAAACGCCCCGAGAUAUCCGCCCCACAGAACUUCCAGCACCGAGUCCACACCUCCUUUGACCCCAAGGAAGGCAAGUUCGUGGGCCUCCCCCCACAAUGGCAGAAUAUCUUGGACACCUUGAGGCGACCCAAGCCUGUGGUGGAUCCUUCUCGAAUUACACGGGUACAGCUGCAGCCCAUGAAGACGGUGGUGCGGGGCAGCUCAGUGCCCACGGAGGGCUACAUCUCAGGGCUGCUCAACGACAUCCAGAAGUUGUCGGCUAUCAGCUCCAAUACCCUGCGCGGACGCAGCCCCACUAGCCGGCGGCGGGCACAGUCGCUGGGGCUGCUGGGGGAUGAGCAAUGGGCCGCUGACCCGGAUAUGUACCUUCAGAGUCCUCAGUCUGAGCGCACUGAUCCCCAUGGCCUCUACCUCAGCUGCAAUGGGGGCACACCAGCAGGUCACAGGCAGAUCCCGUGGCCGGAGCCACAGAGCCCACAGGCCCUGCCCAAUGGGCUGGCUGCCAAGGCACAGUCCUUGGGCCCUGCUGAAUUCCAGGGUGCCUCGCAGCGCUGCCUGCAGCUGGGUGCCUGCCUACCGAGUUCCCCACCUGGCACCUCACCCCCUAUGGCCACAGGGAGGCGUGGGGUGAAGGCUGCCAAGCAUAGCUCAGAGGAGGUGCGGCCACAGUCCUGCCUGGUGGGCUCAGCCACUGGCAGGCCAGGUGGAGAAGGCAGCCCUAGCUCUAAGAACCAGGAAAGCAGUCUCAAGCACCGGCUCUUCCGAAGCAUGUUCCUGUCCACUCCCGCCACAGGCUCUGCAACCAGCAGCAAGCCGGUCCCUCUGCCACAGAACAAGCUCAACUCCGCUUUCCGACCACCGCAGAAAGAUUCCUCCUCAAACUUGGUGGCCAAGGCCCAGUCCUUGCCCUCGGACCAGCCUAUGGGGACCUUCAGCCCCCUGACCACCUCGGAUACCAGCAGCCCCCAGAAGUCCCUCCGCACAGUCCCAGCCGCUGGCCCACUUCCAGGCCGGUCCUCUCCAGCAGGCUCCCCCCGCACGCGGCAUGCUCAGAUCAGCACCAGCAACCUAUACCUGCCCCAGGACCCCACCGUGGCCAAGGGGGCCCUGGCCGGCGAGGACACGGGCAUUGUGACACACGAGCAGUUCAAGGCUGCACUCAGGAUGGUGGUGGACCAGGGUGACCCCCGGCUGCUGCUGGACAGCUAUGUGAAGAUUGGGGAGGGCUCCACGGGCAUCGUGUGUCUGGCCCGGGAGAAGCAUUCGGGUCGCCAGGUGGCCGUUAAGAUGAUGGACCUCAGAAAGCAGCAACGCAGGGAGCUGCUCUUUAACGAGGUGGUGAUCAUGCGUGACUACCAGCACCUCAAUGUGGUGGAGAUGUACAAGAGUUACUUGGUAGGCGAGGAGCUGUGGGUGCUGAUGGAGUUCCUGCAGGGCGGGGCCCUCACAGACAUCAUCUCCCAAGUCAGGCUGAAUGAGGAGCAGAUUGCUACCGUGUGUGAGGCUGUGCUUCAGGCCUUGGCUUACCUGCACGCCCAGGGUGUCAUCCACCGAGACAUCAAGAGUGAUUCCAUCCUGCUGACCCUCGACGGCAGGGUAAAGCUCUCAGACUUUGGAUUCUGUGCUCAGAUCAGCAAAGAUGUCCCCAAGAGAAAGUCCCUGGUAGGAACCCCAUACUGGAUGGCUCCUGAAGUGAUCUCCAGAUCUCUGUAUGCUACCGAGGUGGACAUCUGGUCUCUGGGCAUCAUGGUGAUUGAGAUGGUGGACGGAGAGCCUCCCUACUUCAGCGACUCCCCAGUGCAAGCCAUGAAGAGACUCCGGGACAGCCCCCCACCCAAGUUAAAGAACUCUUACAAGGUCUCCCCAGUGCUGCGAGACUUCCUGGAGCGGAUGCUGGUACGGGAACCCCAAGAGAGAGCCACGGCCCAGGAGCUCCUGGAUCACCCCUUUCUGCUGCAGACAGGGCUGCCCGAGUGCCUGGUGCCUCUGAUUCAUCUCUACCGCAAGCAGACCUCCACCUGCUGAGUUCACACCCAGGGUGCACCUGCCGCCUGUGCCCACAGGCCAAGGACGCUGGGCAGCCAGUCCGCUGGCAGGGCCUUCCUGCCUUUGUUCUCUCAGUAUUCUCUCCAAAGAUUGAAUGUGAAGCUCCACCCCUUCCCUCUUGCCCUUCUGCCCACUGGGCCAGGCCGGACCUGCCCCCUUCAAUCUCACUCCCCAGAGUCCCAGUUGCCUUUGGGAUGACAGUGACCCCCCUUUUGCAGGUUUGGCCCUUUGCUAUUUGCACAGGGAUAUUUCUAAGAAACACGGAGAGUGGUGCUCCUGGCCACCGGUCAGCAAAGCUGACAGGCCGCUGCAGAUUUUAAAAAGCAGUGUCCACUAGUGUCCCGGGCCACCGAGUGGGUGUGUGCCCCAUCUUCACACGGACACUUGCUAUUCUCAGUUACAGCUUCAAACCCUGGAGUCCCAGAGGGCCACGGGGAAGACUUUUAUUACCUGAGUCCUUCUUCCUCCCUGGGCCUGACUUCUGGAAGCCCUACUUGCCCCUGUUUCCGUCUGUCCCCUGGCACAGCCUUUCCUCAGAAGGCCUCCACAGAACUGUGAAUUGCCUGUGUGUAGGCCAUGGGAGUAGUAGCAAGGGGAUCUUCUGAGAGAGAGUGUGUGGCUGAUGGUAAAAGUGGCUCCUUCAUUUUUUCAGGAUGGAGAGAACAUAUUCUCAUUCUCUCCCCCCCCCCACCGUGUGUGUGUCUGUGUGUGUGUGUGUGUGAAGUCUCCCCAAAGGCCCAGGCCUUUCCAGUUACCCACAGAGAGCUUCAGAAGAGCUGCACCCCCCAGUCUUCUUUUCUACCAAGCUCUACGAUGAAGGGACCUGCUCUGGGGCCUAGCUUUCUGCCUCUUAAGUCUCAUGUUAUUACCUGAACAGUGAAGGGGUGUGUAUGUCAAGUCUAAACACAUGCUGGGGGGCCCUGAAGUUUCUGAGUUUCUCCCAUACUGAGACAGGAAUUGCUUCACCUGCCAGCAACUCAAUAGCCAGAUCAUCAGGGACCCUCUUUGGAACCCUGGGCUGGGACGGAAAGGUGAACCACCUCCUGCGGAGGAGGGGAGGCUCAUGUCAAGGAAUGGGUACCUCCAUGUGUGAACCAGCUGCCCCUGCAGAUGCUUACCUGCCCCCUUGUCCCCCCUCCCUCCCUCCCCACCUUCCUGGCUGUUGUGAGACAGGGAAUGCCAAGGAAGAACUCCACUGUCUGGACCACAUCCAGAUAAUAUUUUUAGAUCCCUCUGCUCCCUGAUGACCUGCAGUAGGGCAAAGAAAUCGCAAGGUCUUUUUUUAAGGGUCAGAGUUUUAAAAACAAAAGCAUCUUCCCUAGAAAUUUUUGUGAAUUGUUUGCAACUUGUGCCUGUUUUAAAUUAAACUGAAUGUUCGAACCUC